AUGGAGCUCAAGGAGGACACAGUCCCUAUCAAACUUUCCCCAAUUCAAAAUCCAAACACCAAAGGAUGGGAAUACACAGUUGAAAUUGCCAAAGAAAACAAAUAUGACGAGCUAUGUGACGUCAAAGGUGUUACUGGUCAUUACCCAGCCGUGAUUGCACUCGAUCUUUAUGACCUACAAGACAAGAUUAUUACCCCUCUGAAGACUCUUACUAAACUUGCCUACGCCCGGGGAUCUGUGAUAACAUUCUCUAUGCAUAUGUCCAAUCCGAUCACUCAUGGGCCUGUCAAAGUGGACGAAGACCACAAAGGCGUAGAACAUACGCUGCGGCGUCAUCUGCCCGGAGGGCGGAACAACGACGUUUGGCGUCACCGACUGGACGGAAUCGCCGAUAUUGCGCACAGUUUACGCGACCACCAUGAAAGACUUAUACCGAUUAUAUUUCGUCCUUUCCAUGAGAAUAACGGAAAGUGGUUCUUCUGGGGUCAAGGAAACAAAGCUCACAACACGCCUGACGAUUUCAUUAAAAUAUGGUGGUAUACCGUGGACUAUUUACGGAACACCAAGGACGUUCACAACUUCCUGUACGCCUACUCCCCCAAACGCUGGGUACACCGAUCUUAA